GUGACGCGGUGUCCGUGGCAACAGCUCAGGAAGUGGCGCGCGACUCUUGAAAAACUGUCACAGCAAACUGAAGAAGAGUUGGGAUGUUUUACCUCAACAACAACAGACUCGAAACGGUGAACAUGAAGUGUUAUGCUGUCUGAAAGUCUCUUCUUACGAACACAAGGGAGGAUUGUCAACCGGGAACAUGUCGUUUGUUAGAGUGGGGCGGACACAACAACACACUAAAGGAAAGCGUCCUGCUCGCCCGAAUAAGGCAGCAUCAGCUACCAAGAAGGAGUGGGUGAGCACAGUGAGUGACCUGUCUGUGCACAAGCUCACACCUGCAGAGCUGAGUCAUCGGCAUGAGAUCCACAAGUCCCACAACAAGGCUGCGGCUCAGUGGGAGCUGAGGGAGAAAGCCCUGAAGCACCAUUUAAGACACCCUGGCAGCCCUGCGCCUCUUGACCAUGCCAGCCUCAGCAUCAUCAGGGAGGUGUUUUCUGAUCAGCUGCUGCUGCAGGACGUGCUGGCUCGCUCGGACCGUGCCAUGGCUGUUGUUAAAGACUUAUUUGGAGAUGCUCCUCGCAGACAGACAGGGCAUCCCAGCGUGACAAUGGCACCAAACUGUGAUUCUGACUCAGCGCUGCCUGUGCUCCGGAGACCAGAUCCCCCAACUCAGCUGUCACUGCUCAGCCAGUCAAUGAUGGAUCAACAGGCUCUUAAUGAAGUGGAAGCUCCAGAGGAAGACUACAGUGAUGAAGAUAACAGUCCUGAUGGCAGCACAGACUAUAAUAUAAUCAGAAGGGCCAAUGUACAAAAAAUGAAGGCAAUGUCUCGAACAAGAGCGAAACAGAAAGUCCAUCAUCCCAACUCACACGAGGCAGACGGAGGAAAUGUUCCUGUGACCCCCUGUACGUCAGGCAGAGCACCGGAUGAGAGGGCUCUCAAUGCCACAGUGGCCGUUCAGCGUGUUCGGUCCAGACUAAGUCAGUCCCAGGAAGAAAAGGAAGAGCCCUCAGUCCUGGUUUCUCAGGUUCUGAACCCUGAGCUGCCUCUCAACCGGUCAGGUGAGAACAGUAGACGCAGCAGAAAGACCAGGAAGUGUGUAUCCAGGAGUUUGGAGCUGGAUGGCUCCUCUGUUGCCUCUCUAAGUGGGGACCAGUCCAGUCUGGGCCUGCUGCAGGCCAUGUUGGGUCAGGUGGCGGCAGACCUGGACACUCUGAGUGCCGGCCCUGAAGCAGCCUCAGCACAGAGCGGGACACAAAGUCUCACAGGGUUCUCUGUUGCAUUGGUCUCCACUCUGGGACGUUUAGUACAUCUCUUCAAACAGAAAGAAGAAGAGACUCAGAUAGAGUCUCAUGAGAGGAGAAGACUAGAGGAGGAGUUGAGAGUGCAGCGUGUUCUGAUUGAUGCACUCACUGCUGAGACGAUGACUCUGAGAGAAGAGGCUGCUACCCUGCAGGCGGGGUUGCUACAUCGGACAGCAGAAAUCGAGCAGAAGUUGGACACAGUGGUGCUGGUGAUGGGGGGACUUGGACUACUUCAGGAUCAUGCUUACCCAGCCCAAGACUCAAAUGUUGAAGAUCUCCAGUCUGCACCAGUUGCUGUACAACAUAAGGAGCAAUUACGACCUUCUGUUUCUCCUGCUGUGUUGCUCUCCCCUCCUCGACAGAGAGACAACUGGCAUCAAAAUCCUGAGACUCAUUCAGUACUGCUACACCAUGAGCUUCCACCUGUAGACACCCUGAGCUCCUAUGAGGCCCUCAGCUCAGCCUCCAGCUUCUCCAGCCUCCCUCUCUCCGGCCUUCCUCCCGCUCCUUCCUUAAAAUUGACCCUUGACGCUCUGAGCUCACAGCUCUCUGCAGAGGCCGUGCUCGCUGAGAUUGCACAGCUGAGCGAGCAGAACGACCUGAUUAAGGCCCGACUUAGCCAGGCUGGUUCAGGGGUUUCAGGAUCAUCUGAGAGCAGCAGUGGAAAGAGACGUUUGAGUCCAGGCAGCACAGGAAGAGUCACACCCACAACUGUUGGAGAAAGGAGGAUGUCGGUUUCCACCAGGACAGGGAGACGGAGUCAGCAUGUCCUGGCUGCUGAAGGAGAGCAGGCAGCAUCACCUCCCUCUCUGUGUGUGAGCAGUGUGGAACAGCGCCUCCUGGAGCUGAACAGACAAAGUGCGGAAGCGAGAGGUCGUCUGCUGGAGCUCAUCGAGCAGCAGAAACAAAGUGUGUCUCCCUCUGGUUCCCCCAUCCCUCCAUCUGCCUUCAGUCCACAAUCAGAAGGAGGAGGUCCAGAGGUGUCCCUGCUGUUGCCUGAACAGGAGCUCCUUUCACAAACCGGCGCUGUGUGGAGACGAUCUGCAGGCUCUGAAGUCUCAUCUUACAGUCCCGGGGGAGAAACGAGGGAUGGCAGAGCAGAAAUGGAGAAACAGACAGAGAGAGAGGGCUGGUUUGCUUUGUCCACUCAUGUGAGAUGACAGACAAGUUGAAGUUGUAACGAUAAUUUAAACCCUGGUUGUUAGUAUUUUACUUGUGUAUUUUAAACUGUUGAAUUAAACGUUUUAAAGCAGUUUUUUAUCUGCUCAGGUAUAUCGACAUCCAAACCCAUAAAACAAACUCUUUGAUUGGUAGGUUUUCUCACCCUGCAUUGUUCUUAAUAUGUAACACCUUUCAUGCAGAAGGUAUGUUUGAAGGCUGUGUGUGCAAGUAGAGUUUAAUAUUUAAUAUCACGAGUGCCUGUUCUCUUUCAACCGUAAAGUGAUUUAAUAUUUUCUCUGCGGAGAGAUCUUUGUUUUGAGACCUCUCCAAAAACUCUCUUUAAAUCUAA